UCCCAGGUCCUGGAGCUCUCCGGCCCGGCGGGUCUCACUCCCGCCCCGCGGGCCCCAUCGGGACAGCCGGGCCCCAGGGUGCACGGAGCCGGGAGCCCCAGGUCGGGCGGCUGCGUUCGGGCCUCGCCCCAGGCUUGCACUCGGGGCUGGGCGACCACAGAGGUCCCCGGCGGGCUCGCUCCCGGUGCGGGAGAGUGUCCAGGGUACUGCCCCGGGGCUGCGUCUCCGGAGACUUCAAGGGCGCGGGUUCUGUGUGCUCACCCCGCGCCUGGUGGCUCCACUGGGGCUCCCGCAAGAACAUGGUGCAGAAGUACCAGUCUCCCGUCCGCGUCUACAAGUACCCAUUCGAGCUGGUCAUGGCGGCCUACGAGAAGCGCUUCCCCACCUGCCCGCAGAUCCCGGUCUUCCUGGGCAGCGAGGUGCUGAACGAGUCCCGCAGCGCUGACGGGGCGGUGCACGUGGUGGAGCGGAGCUGCUGGCUGCGCGUGGAGGCCCCGCGGCUGCUGCGCAAGAUCGCGGGAGUCGAGCACGUGGUCUUCGUGCAGAAAAACACCCUGAAAUGGAAGGAGAGGACGCUCCUCAUCGAAGCGCACAACGAGACGCUCGCCAGCCGCGUGGUGGUCAAUGAGAACUGCAGCUACACGGUGCACCCCGAGAACGAGGAAUGGACUUGCUUCGAGCAGUCUGCCUCCCUGGACAUUCGGUCCUUCUUUGGCUUCGAAAGUGCCCUGGAGAAGAUCGCCAUGAAGCAGUACACAGCCAGCGUCAAGCGGGGGAAGGAGGUGAUUGAGUAUUACCUGAACGAGCUCAUCUCACAGGGUGUCUCCCACAUCCCCCGGUGGACCCCUGCUCCUGUCCGGGAAGAGGACGCCCGCACGCAGGCUGGGCUGCGGGACCCUGGGACCCCCGAGGCCGACAGGCCCAGCAGCAGCCCGGGCCCCACCCCAGAGACCAUCGCUCCGGAGGGGGACAAGCUGGAUGCCGACUACAUCGAGAGGUGCCUGGGCCAUCUCACGCCGUUGCAGGAGAGCUGCCUGAUCCAGCUGCGCCACUGGUUACAGGAAACCCACGAGGGCAAGAUUCCCAAAGACGAGCACAUCCUCCGGUUCCUGCGUGCUCGGGACUUCCACCUGGACAAGGCCCGGGAAAUGCUGUGCCAGUCCUUGAGCUGGCGCAGGCAGCACCGAGUGGAUCUGCUCCUUCAGACCUGGCGGCCCCCUGCCCUGUUGGAGGAGUUCUAUGCGGGAGGCUGGCACUACCAGGACAUAGACGGCCGCCCCCUCUACAUCCUGCACCUGGGCCAGAUGGACACGAAGGGCUUGAUGAAGGCUGUGGGGGAGGAGGCGCUGCUGCAGCACGUUCUCUCGGUCAAUGAGGAAGGACAGAAGAGGUGUGAGGGCAACACGAAGCAGUUUGGCCGCCCCAUCAGCUCCUGGACCUGCCUGGUGGACCUGGAAGGCCUGAACAUGAGGCACCUGUGGCGGCCGGGGGUCAGGGCCCUGCUGCGCAUGAUCGCCGUGGUGGAGGACAACUACCCCGAGACCCUGGGCCGGCUGCUCAUCGUGCGGGCGCCCCGCGUCUUCCCCGUGCUCUGGACGCUGAUCAGUCCCUUCAUCAACGACAACACCAGGCAGAAAUUCCUCAUCUACAGCGGCAGCAACUGCCAGGGCCCCGGAGGCCUCCUGGAUUACCUGGACAGGGACGUGAUCCCCGACUUCCUUGGGGGGGAGUGUGUGUGCAACGUCCCCGAAGGAGGGCUGGUCCCCAAGUCCCUCUACCUGCCGGAGGAGGAGCAAGAGCACGCAGAGCAGCCAGGGCAGUGGGCGGACACCUACCAGUCGGCCAGCGUGCUCCGGGGGGCCCCCCACGAGGUCGCCGUGGGGAUUCUGGAAGGAGAGUCCGUCAUCACCUGGGACUUCGACAUCCUGCAAGGGGACGCGGUGUUCAGCCUGUACCACACCAGGCGGGCGCUCCCGCUGGGCGUCCAGGAGCCCAGGGCCAGGGCCGGGGGGCAGCUGACGGACAGAGGCUGGGUCCUGGGCGUGGACUACAGCCGCGUGCAGGCGCCCCUGGUCUGCCGGGCGGGAGACAGCAUCCAGGGCUCCCACGUGGCCCGGUGGCCCGGCGUCUACCUGCUCCAGUGGCAGCUGCUCGCCCCCCCUGGCAGCGUGGCCUGCAGCCUCCCCGGCGUCGAUGACGUCCUGACGGCCCUUCACAGCCCCGGCCCCAAGUGCAAGCUUCUGUACUACUGUGAGGUCCUGGCGUCUGAGGACUUCAGGGGCUCCAUGUCCAGCCUUGAAUCCUGCACCAGCGGCUUCUCCCAGCUCAGUGCAGCCACCUCCUCCUCCUCCUCCAGCCAGUCCCACAGCAGCUCUCUCGUCUCCAGAUAGCCGGGACAGCGCCCUGUGGGGCAGCCCACUCACUUCCUGUGUCCAGAAGUGCCCAGGACCAAAAGGCAGUUUGUCACGGAGCCUGGCACCACAUGCGUCUAGACACUGCCAACAUUGGGGCUGUCUGGAGCCAACAGCAAUGCCCCAGCUCCGGGGCCUGUGUGCGACUCUGGGAGCACAAGUGACAGAACCAUCUCAUCCAGGCUUCAUGUAAAGAGAAGCCCAGGGUCCACCUGACCUUCAGGUUGCCCUGGACCGAGGGGUUCCGUGUCUCCAGGACUCGGCCCUGCCCUCUCCCUCUUGCUCUGCUUUCCUUGGGGUCGGCUUUCCCCAUGCCCGGGGACCCCAUGGCCCUAGGCUCCCCUACCUCCCUGAGAAGAGGACCCAUCUCCCCAGUAAGGUCCAAGUGUCACCCCACAAUCAAAUCUCAUCAGUUUGGUUGUGUACCAGCCAAUUCCUGAACCAGCCGCUGUUGCCGAGAUAACGAAAAGAGCAGACUGGCAUUGCAGGGUCAUGUGCCCAAUCUGGACCAAUCUUUGGGACCAGGGGGAUGCAGGGAUUGGCCAGCUCGAAUCACGGACACGUCACUGGGCUGUGCAGUGAUUGGCCAGCCUGGAUCAUGUGCACACACCGGGAGCCAAUCAAAUGGACCAAAAAGGGCAAGAGGAGGAGCCCCAGGGAAUACAGGGCUCCCCUGCAGAAAGAGGAGGAUGGGUUGCCAGUGGGCAAUGGGUAUUCACGGUGGCAUCUGCUUCUGUAGACAACGCCUGGGUCCCAAGGUACCAGGGGUGGGCAGCCAUAGGAGUCUCGGGCUCUGCUCCCUGUGUAUUAAAAAGCCAUUUUCCCAGUGCUGCCUGGGAAGGCCUGACCCUGCCCACCCCUGCCCUGAGGAAAGGGGGAAAGCCCAGGGUUACCUGCAACUUCCAGGCAGCAAUGAGGUGAUUAGGGCUGUCUGUUCUCCACCUGAGGCCCCUCUCUCCUGGGCAGCUGUUUAAUGGUGACUUUUUCUGGUUGGAAGUCACAGGAACCAACGACCCCCCAGUGACUUAAACUGAAAAGGUAACCAUUGCCUGGUGCCUGCAGCUGGUCAGUAGGGGCUUGCUUCAGUCAGGCUGGUGCAAUGGACAUCGGGACCCUCCUGCAGGUGACAGCUGGGACUUCACUGUCACUGUCCUGGAGCAGAUCUGAGCCCCCAGAACUGGCUCCGACAUUGACCACAAUUUCCUUGAGUCCACAGAUGGGAGAGUCUCGGUCUCCUUGGGGCCUGAGGUCAUUUUCUCCUUCCUCUUCUGGGAUCCUAAAAGGGCAACGGGUCAGAGGUCACCAGCUGGCAGCCCGCAGUCUGAUCUGCCUGCCUUUAGUUUGAUUUUUCUGCCUAUGGAGUGAUUUUAAAAUUUUUACUUAAAAGUCAGGAUUUCUGGCUUCUCUUAGGCUUUUGGGUAUGUUGGCAAAAUGGGGCUGUGGUUACUGCAUAGAGACAACCAACCAGCUGCGCCCCCUGGGAUGGAGCCACCCCAGCCCCAUCCCUCCCUAUGGACUCCCACCCAGCCCACAUCAACAAUCCCAUUAUCUGCCUGCAAAGAACCUCACUGAAAUGGCUCUGGAGGCAGCCUGGGAGCUGGGAGCCCCAGUAUUACUGUUGCCUCUUAGCUGUGCUUAGAGUUGGGGGGUCCUCUGUUGCCCACAUCCGGAGCCACGGGGCCUGGUCCAAGGGGUGGGUUUACAGCCAGGCAUCAUCACCUUAACCCAGCGUGGCCUCCCGGGGCAAGAAGAGUGAGGACGUCCCUACCCUCCUCCACCCAAAAUGCAGCACAGAGGGAAAGGGCCAUUCUUUUUCAGAGAGUCUUAUCCAGUUUCCUGUUGACUCUCUGUGCUUCUCAGGUACACAACAAAAUGCCCAACUCUGCACCCUGCAGCCAGAUACCUGUGCACGUGCACGUGUGUGCACACCAGAGAAGGACAGAGACUGGUGGGAGAGACCUCCAAACCAGUUGCUCCCAUGCCACAAGGCAUUUAUCACAGAGAGCAAUUUGCGAUAUUUUAAAUGACCUGUAGAUGAAUGUCUAACUUGUCUCCAAAAUGUAGGUGUUAUCCUAGAAGUAUUGCCCAAGUGCUGUCAGCUCUCUCUGGAAUCCGGUGGGAUACCCAGACGUCUCCCCCACUCCAUCCAGGUGGGGAGGCAGAGGCAGCAAGGGCUGGGGCUGGCCUUGCAUUCUCCUGUGGCCCAGGUUGGAGUGGACAUUGGAAGGAAUCGUGUUAACAGCAGUAGGGACUCGGCGGUCACCUGUAAUCAGAAUCCAAGGCGGAGACGAGAGGCGGGUCUUGUUGCAUUCAUUGUCAAGGGCCAGGGCCCAGGGAAGGAGGGAGAAACCUUCCCUUCACUUGGGAUUAAAUUGGCUUUUGAGAAGUGGGGAAAUUGCUGUGUUUGGAAUUCAGUUCCGUGAUUUUCCCUGGGUCUGCCAGUUCCAGAGAGGAGGGUUGGCCAUCAUCAGUCCACCCUUAACAACAGGAAUGAGAGCCUCAGGCCCGCUCGGCUCUCCUCUUAGGGGCUCUCUGGAGAAACCCAGCUCACACCAGCUUAAGCAAAAAAUGGAAUUCACUGGCUCCUGUAACUGGGAAGGCUGAGGGUGGGCUUGCUUCAGGUAUGGCUGGAUCCAGGAGCCCUGUGUCAUCAGAACUCGCUUUCUCAUCCUCUCAGCCUCACCCAGGACUCUUGCCUCUGCAUCUGUUUGCAAGUUGGCCUUGUUCUCUCCUCCACCUGGUGGCUGCCAGCAGCCCCAAGCCCUACAACCAAAUGGUUCACAAUCUCAAAGGCAGAGAGAGGCUCUCUCCUUUGGACUGUCUUGGCCCGGGGUCUAGGGGUUCUGUGAUGGCUUUCCCUCCAGAAGUGACAGUGGACACUGUCCCCUAGUGGACAAGGGGAGCUGGGCCAUAAAACCAGUAGAUGCCCAUCAGAUGCCUGAUCUACGCUGGAGGUGUCUGGGACUCCAUUGAAGCAUCAUCAAAUGGCCAGUCCUCUUGCCUUGGGGAGGCUUGGAAUUAAAAUUCACAAAAGGGGCUGCCAAGCUUUGGGCUUUCAGAUUUUCCCAGCCCUGCGGGGUGGAAGCUCCUUGGAUUGGGCUUCUUUCUCCAUCUUGUCCAUUCCUCUAUUAUGGCUGGGACAGAAGCAGUCUGCUAGCCAUAGCCCCCUGCCCAGGCAACGUGAUGUUUAGAAGCCUGGGUCUUGAAUUUAGACAGACAGGGUGGGGCUCAAACCCCACUUUCCUUUCACUGGCUGUGUAACUUCAGGCAAGUGACUCAACCUUUCUGUGCCUCAGUUUCCUCAUCUGUAAAAUGGGGAUAGCAGUGCCUACCUCACUGGGUUGUAGUGGGACUGAGAUCAUGGCUAUAACAUCCUUAGUGGUUACAACACCUGGCACACAGGAAGCACUCGAUAAAUGCCAGCGGUUAUUCUGAUUAUUUAAUGCUUCUCAUCCAAAGAUUCCAGCUCCUUCCAAGGAUGCCCAUCAGUGCUUCCCGUGGGACAGAAAGGCUCAGAGCGCUACGUGGAUCCAGGGGAAAGUGGUCUCGAGUCAGAUUUUCUGUUUUUGAAACUGCUUGUGUGUCCUGGGCAAAUCCACUAACCAGGAAGGGCGAAUUCUGAGUGGCAUUUCCCUCAAUCAGUUAGAGAACAUCUUCUCGACAGAAUGAAAGAAGGGGGAUUUGAGAUUUUUUUCCAGGCUGCACUCUCUGGCAUUUUUCCCCCCUGUACAGUUAACUGUUCAGUGAGAACUGCAUACUUCUUUUCAACAAAGUCUGUUGCAUCCUGUAAAACAGUUUGUUUUCCUGAACAUUUGUUCCAACCGAACGCAUUAAAUAUUUUAGAUUUGGAUAUACA